UUUAUUUUCCAAAUUUUUUAAAACUGAACAUUUUUAUAGCAUGUCCAAACUGGGGGUUCAAGGGGGAAAAUUGUUAUCAUUCUGAACAGUUCAAAACAUUUGUUUAAUGAAGCUGCUACCUCAGACCAACCAAAUAAAACCUUUAAAAAAAAAUAUUUGUCCUAAGUUUUAAACAAUGUCUGAUGGAAGUGGUUUGCGGGAAGGAACUGGAUUAGACGGAAGCAAAGAGAAAGGAAGUGAAUUUAAUACUAUUUACUUCUACAGAGGAAGAGGAAGAAUAACAGGAGGAACAAGUAGGGGAAGAGGAAAAAGGGAAAACGAUGGAGGAGAAUCAAGUAGAGGAGGCAGAGAAAGGGGAAGAGGAAGAGGAAGAAUGGAUAGAAAAGAUGGAGGAGAAUCAAGUGGAGCAGGUGGAGGAAGGGGAAGAGGAAGAGGAUCAGAAAGAGGAAGAUCAAGUGGAAGGGGAAUAUCAGAUAGAGAAGACGGAGGAACUGGAAGAGGAAAAAUCUAUGAAGUAUCAGAAGAAGGAAGAAGAAAAACAGGAGAAACAGGAAAAGGAAGAUCAAACGGACGAGGACAAACAAAGGGAAGAGUAAAUCAAAAUGGGGGAACAGAAAUAUCAAAUAAAGGAACCAAAGGAAAGAGAUCGGAUAAAGAAGAUAAAGGAAUGUCUAGAGGAGACAGAGGAAAGGAAAGAGAAGGGUCGGCUGGAGGACCUGGAGAGACCAGUGCAUUUAUAAGAACAUUAGUUGGACGACUUUUGACAGGAAGAUUUGACGAUGGAGGAGGAAUUAAGAUAAGUGGAGAUGAAGGAGCUCAAAGCAGAUUUGAUGUAACAGAUAGGAGAGAAAAUGUUAAAACGAGUUGGCCAUCUGAGGCCUCCGCUGUCGGAGGAAAAGGAGAAAUAAGGUCCGCUGUUGGAGGAAAAGAAGAAAUAAGCUCCACUGUCGGAGGAAAAGGAGAAAUAAGCUCCACUGUCGGAGGAAAAGGAGAAAUAAGCUCCGCUGCCGGAGGAAAUACUAAAACUACCAGAAGAAAACUGAAGAUUAAGAAGAAGAUUGUUAAGGAACCGUACUACAAGCGGGCCAGAGUUGUCCGGAAACCGCCGCGAUCUACACUGCUGAUAGACAAGGACACAAGCAAGUUUAUGGUAGUUUGGAAAAGACGACGUCUCCUCAGGUAUCGAGUAAAGGCUGAACGAACCCUACUCCAAAAGAAGAAAACUUACAGAACCGAGUGGAAGGUGCGGAACAAGUUUGGUAUCCGAGAAUGUAAUAAUCAAGUCACAAGAUGGAAGUUUAUUCUAAACUCAGAUCAGGGGCGGCAGGCAAAGGAGAGUAAAAUUCAGCUAAUUUAUUCUACCAGCAGAACGGCUCCCGCUCCCAGAAUACCGACUCCCGCUCCCAAAAUACCAACUCCUGCUCCCACGUCCAGACGUCCAGCUUUACGCAGAAGAAAAACAAAGAAAGCCCCGAAACCCCGUAAAGUUCAAGUUCCACGGUGGCGGUAUAAUGCAACAAUUCCACGUUAUACAUCAUAUGAAGUACGUAACACAAGUCUCUGGUCUCUGGAAUUUGGAAUGUUCUUCACGCAGAUGGACACAUUUAUCAAGACCUUCGCAGGUUUAGCUACCUGGGAGAAAUUGGAGACACUGAAAUCAAUAAUUGGGAAUUGUAGUCAGAUGGAGCUAGAGAGCUUUCUAGAAUGGCUGGAAACCUAUGUUCUCCUUUUUCCUACUUCAACGCUAGUAAGAACCAAGGUGGAAUCAGAAUUGGAGCAACAACAAGAAGAAAACAAAUGCUUUUUUUGCUCGGAAGCUUUUUCAAGUUCUGUCCAGAUGAAACAGCAUUAUGCAGAUAAUCCUACGCACAAUGCGUACAGAUGUGAUCAUUGUGAAGAGAUUUUUACUUACCGCAAGGAUUUGAAGAAGCACAUGAAUCAGUAUAAUAGUGGGACCGAGUGCAGUGUUUGUGAUUUAGACUUUAAAAAUCCAAUUUCACUUUACUUUCACAGCCACAGGGAUCACAAGGAAAAACAAAUUGCCUGUGAUCAGUGUGACAUAACAUUUUGUUAUGCCUACGAUCUAAAGAUGCACAUAAUGUCGUCCCAUGAUUGUAUUCUGUUAUCUUGUGAUUUCUGCUCAAAACAAUAUCUUUCUCAACAAGUUCUAGAUGCACAUGUUCAAGAGGAACACAAGAAACAAAAAAGGAAAUAUUUGCGAAAAAAGAAAGAUGGUUUAAAAACUGAACUCACUAAAACUAAGAAGGAAUUCUUUUGUGAUUACUGCGGAAACUACUACACAAAGUAAGUUAUUAGAAAAAGACAUAA